AUGUUAGAUUGUUUUUGUUCUAAUAAUGAGAUAAGAAUAAUUAACUGCGAUAAGCUUUAUAUUGAUGUUGAUUUAUCUAGUAAAGAAUAUUCAGGAUUAAAUAUUGUUAUAAUUAGUCAACAUCAAAAAUUAGUUGAUGGUAAAGAUGAGUUGAAAAUUAUUACGAAUGGAAAAUGUGCAAAAAACAUUUGGAAACAUAAAAAGGCUAAAAAUGGCAGUAAGACAUAUUCGACUGAUAAAGGAAAGAAAGGAAAAGAUGGAUCAGAUGGAAAACCUGGCAAAAGUGCAGGACAUAUAUAUGUAGUUGCGAAUGAAUUGCCAGAAAUUAAGGUGUUAGUUCGUGGUGGAAAAGGAGGAAAGGGACAGAAUGGAGGAGAUGGAGCUGCGGGUCUCGAUGGAGCUGAUGGUGCCAGUGCUGAUGUAGAGGCUUUAAAAAAGAGGAUAUCAGGAUGCUGGGCAUUUGUAGGUGGUGCCUGGUCGUAUCGUUGUCGUAGAAUUGGUACUGAUGGUGGUGUUGGUGGUGAGGGAGGUGAGGAAGGUGAUGCAGGUUCAGGAGGAUAUCAUGGUAAGAAUGGUGAUGACAGAAUAGUUAAAAUCAUUGCUUUAGAUUCUGUAUCUCCACAGAUUGAAUCUGAAGAGUCAGUAGAAAAAGAAGAGAGUGAGGACGGUAAACCAGGCGAAGCUGGCAAACAUGGCAAACAUGGCAAAGAUGGACUUGACUAUGUAGCUAUAAGUAAUUGGAUAAAUCCUUUCUCAGUAGCUGUUCCAAAGCGAAAAAUAAGUAAACUAAAAGGAGGUCGUCUUGAAUCGAACUACAGAUAUAACGAAGAGGAAGAAACAGAUUAUGAAGAUUAUGAUAUGCUUCCGUUCAAAGAUGAUAAAGAUAAUGUUAGAUUUAGGCACAAAUACAAAGAUAGACAUGCAGAAAAAGGUGCGAGUAAAUCUCAUAAACAUAAAAAUCAAGAAGUUGUACAAAAAAUACAUGCUAUAAAUCAUCAGCAUGUUUUUCAACAGACAUCAAAAGUUUUUGAUGACUAUUGUAAUCCUGAAAAAUUAGGUUCCUUUCAACAUUGGUUAGCUCCAGGUUUAAAUGAUUUUCUAGUAAAAAUGGCUGCUUUAGAAGGUUUACCUCCGUAUAAAGUAUAUACACUUCCGGAUAUUGAAAAUGAUGCUAAACAAAUACUAAUUUUAAAAGAAAAAUUUUCUCAAUUAGUUAAUUCAGAAAAUCAACGACUUCAUGCACAAAAACUUGAUACAGAGCAAAUGAGUAUAGGUAUAGUUUUAUUAGCACAAAAUGUCUUAAAUGAAUAUAAUCAAUUUUUAAAACAAUAUCAAGUAGUUUAUCAACAAUUAUAA